CAGGUGGUGGUAAUGCGUCACUUUAAGAGAAGAAGAAACUGUCGUUUAUAUCCGCUUCCGGUGUGUAUUGUGGGGGAAAGAAGAGUUUUGAUGAGAUUCUGUGUGAUCCUGAGAAUAAUCGAGAUGAAGAACCAUGUCACGGUGUUGCGUUUGCCCAGAGGUCCUGACCCAAACAGUCGGGGGUUCGACCCAAGCUCUCCCCGCUACGUCGCCCUGUGUCCCUCCUCCAUCCCUGCAUCCGCAACAAGUAGCACCAACCCUGAAAACAUGGAGAAGGAGCAAAGAUUACGCUCAGAUCUGCGAGAACGUUUCCUCAGGACUCUUCUAGCCAUGACUGAUAAACAGGUUCACUUCAGAAUGUAUGAAAAAGUUCAGGUGCAGGCCAAAUUCGGAGCUUCAGACAUUGACGUGCUGAACUUCCAGGUUUCUGACCUGCAGACACCUCUAGGGGUUCAGAAGGAGGCGUUACUCAGGAGCCAGGACGUGAUCUCCUGCUCUUUUCAUUUAUGAGACUGUAAAUGUCUGAAGUUCUAAUAAAGUUUAUAAAUUCA